AUUUCAUUUUUUUAUAUUUAGGAAUUAAUGACUGAUUCUGAUUCUCCCUUGAAAAGUUUUUACCCAGAAAACUUUAAAACUGAUUUAAAUGGAAAAAGUCAAGAUUGGGAGGCUGUAGUGUUAAUUCCUUUUAUUAAUGAGAAAUUAUUAUUAGAAAAUACUGAAAAAGCUGAUAAGUUAUUAAGUAAAGAAGAAAAGAAUAGAAAUAAGCAUGGACCACAUCUGUUGUAUACUUAUUCGAAACGGAGUCAAGGUCUCUAUAAAUCACCUCAGCCUGAUAUGUUUUCAGAUGUUGUUAAUCAUUCUCGUUGUGUGGAAAUAGAUGGAAAUCAUUUUAGGUUACCGGUUGAAAAAAUUAAGAAAGGUUUAUUGGCAAAUACAAACAAAGAUGUGUAUACUCUUGGGUUUCCCACCUUUAAACAUAUUAAGCAUACUGCUGAAUUGAAGAAUGAGAGAAUAAAAGUUUUUCAUGCAGUUUCUUCUGGUGAAAACAUGAUAAUUACCAUAAAGAAAAAAAAUAAAAAGGAUUUGGAAGAACUUGCACAAGAAUUAAUUGGAAAAAGUAUAUUUGUACGAUGGCCUCAUCUUGUUGAGGCAUUAGUAGUUGAUGUUUCGAAUAUAAAUCAAAGAUUUUAUAUAUUUGAAAAUAAAUCAAAAAAAUCUAGUGUAAAUGAAGAAAAUUUAACAGAAUCUGAUCAGAGUCAAUGGCGCAAGGAAUCUGAAAGCAUUGUUGAUAGACUUUUUGAACGAUUUGGAAUCAUUGUAGGUGAAGUUGAAGUAAUUGUUAAAGCAAAACUCUUAACAGGCAGAAAGUAAGAUCAUUUUAUAAUUAUAUAAAAUAUAAUCAAGAAAGUAUUUUAUUUCAUUAUUGUACACACCUCAGUUUCUGAAUAAGAAAAUUUAGGAAUGGGGAAAAAUUUCUGAUGAAAGAUUAUGUUAAAUUCAUUUUUAGUUUAAUAUCACUUUAAAUAAAUAAUAUUUAAGCUUUUUAGCAAGUUGUUUUUCUUGUAUUGCUAUUCAUAUUGCAUGAUUUUAACUAAAACUUUUUGAUUCAAUCUGAAAUUAUAUAUUUUACUAUAAAAUAAUGUAUAUCAAGUAUUGUCACAAGUACCUCACUUAAAGUUGUCGAUAAGUUCUUGGAAACUAUGAUAUUAAAUGAAACAACACAUAACGUAACCAGUUUUACCAUAGGCUAAAUGAUAUAACAGUAUGUCUGACAGACCUGGAAACUGGGAAUAUCCAGGAAAUCUUAUGGAAUUUAUCAGAUCAGUGAAAAGUUAUGAAAAACUCAGGGAAUUUGAUAUUAAAUGUAAAAAAAAGGUAAAAAAGUUAUUUUUUUCAAGAGCAUAUAAUGAAUCCUAUGAUGGAAAAUAAAAAGACAGAAGUGAUUUGAAUGCAUG